GUCGUUGUGAUGAUUUGUCAUCGUUCGCAGUAGAUGUAGAAAUGUCCUUGAAGACAUUCACAGGAAUCUACAAACAAGGCGAGUGUCACAACAGCAACCAUGCUGACAAGGAUGAUGGUGAGGGGCGCUGGUGCGCGCCGCAGUGUGCUGGUGACAGCAGCAGCGCAGACAUGGCGACGGAGGUAUGGCAGUGGCGUUUCUGAUGAAGUGCACCCACUGUCGGAGGGCAACGGAGAGCCCACACCACGCCGUGCCUUGCUCUAUCUCCCUGGACACGAUGAACGCAAGGCGACCAAGGCUGCAGGUUUGGACGUGGACUGCGUAUGCUUGGACCUGGAGGAUGCGGUGGCCCUGAACCGCAAAGAGGGUGCGCGGAAGAGCGUGGUCAACCUGCUGUCCACCCUCGACUUUGGUGAAUCGGACGUGGCUGUGCGUAUCAACGCCGUCAGCUCCGGUCUUGCCAAGGAAGACCUCAAGGCCAUCCUGGCCGCGGAUACCCUGCCCAACACCAUCGUCCUCCCCAAAGUCGACCGGCCGUCCGAACUCGAAUGGUUCUUCGAUACCUCUGACCGGCUGCUGCGGAACCAGCCCCGCGACACGCCUGCCAAAAUCAAACUCAUCACACAGGUCGAGUCUGGCAUUGGCCUGCUGAACCUCCAGAGCGUGUGCGAGGUUGACCGGGUGGACUUGACGGCCUCCUCGUUUUUCCAACACGAGGGCGUCAUCUUGGGAGGUGACGACUACGCCGCGUCCAUCGGGGCAACGCGGUCGCGGUCGAAUGUCGAGUUGCUGUAUGCGCGGCAGCAGGUGGUGGCGACGGUGAAGGCGUUUGGGCUGCAGGCCAUUGAUGUUGUCAACAUCCACUUUACAGAACUCGACGCGCUCCGGGCAGAGGCCGAGGAAGGCGCCGCGUGGGGAUUUGACGGCAAGCAGGUCAUCCACCCAGCACAGGUUCCUGUUGUGCAGCGCGCGUUCUCGCCGUCCGAGCAGCAGGUGGAGUGGGCGGUCGCCAUCCUCGACGCAUUCUACGACAACCAGAUCAAGGGCAAAGGCGCGUUCUCGCAUGACGGGCAGAUGAUUGACAUGCCGACGGUGCUGCAGUGCAAGAACGUGUUCAGGCUGGCGGUUGCGGCCAAGAUGGUGCCGGCAGACAGGUUCGACGCAGCCAUCAGGGAGAUGGAGCUUGCAGGCAACAGCGAGGGUGAUGGUGGCAGCGAGGGUGACGGUGUUGGGAAGGGCCAAUAAAACUCAACAACACAAGG